AUGACAUUACAAAAAGGUAAACCAAUGUACACAGGAGCUAGUCUAAAUAAAAAUACACUUACACAAGAACAAUUCACUCGUGAAUUAGCUACGCGUUUAGAACAAUUAUCACUGCAGUGUAAUACUCUUCAUGUUAAUGAUGAAUAUUCGGAUAGUUCAUUUUCUCCACCGUCUAUAACAUGGCCUAAAAAAGUAUGCACAAAUCACACUAAUAAAUCCUGUUCACAUAUUCACACUGAUUCGGAUAAAAUUAACAAUGAGAGAAAGAACCAACAACAAAAACAACCACCACAAAAACAGGUCCUUCAAACGAAAUCCUCCCCCCGAAACAUAAGGAUACAUAAAACAGUACAAGUUCAUUCAGAAAGUAAUCAGAAAGAAGCAUCAGAUUGUACACAACAGAAAAAGGAAGAGAACUUCAAAUAUAAUCAAACUAUGAAUACAACAACUAAUUCUUUUUCAGCUACAUGCCAUGACAUAAACUACUCACCUGAUAAAUAUAUACCGAAGAAAUCUUUUCCAGAUAGUAUUCGUAAACAAUGUCGGACUUAUUCUGAGGAUUUGUUAAAAUCUAAUAAUGCAUCUAGUAAUCAUUAUCAAAAGAAGGAACAAUGUAACAGUGCAGCAGAUAUUAAACAAAAGCAUCUAAAUGAUAAAUUUAUUGAGCAGAAUAAGCAAAUCAAUGAUCAAUUGUCUGAUCAUAGUGAAGUCGACCAUGAAAUGGAAUGUCUAGAAGAUGAUAAUUUAAUUAUUGAUGAUAAUUCUACAACAGAUAUAUCUGAUUCUGAAGUAUCAUGUACAAGGAGACUGAGUAAUUUGCCGGAUGAAAUUCUACCACCUGUUAUAACAUCUUUGUUUCCAAACACACCAUCUGUAUUGCGUUUUGCUGAUGCUGGACAGGUUGUACAGAAAUUACCAAAACAAUACAGAUCUCGUCUUCUUUGGCGUCCAAGUGCUAUUACACCGAAUGUGGUAAAACGUGUCUUAAAAAGAUCAAAUUUUCGGAUGACGUUAAAAUCAUCUGAAUGGAUCGGGUAUUAUGGUAAUCACUUGAAACCAUUUGGUUUUCGUCCUAUACGUGAAUAUCAAAAAGUCAAUCAUUUCCCGGGUUCAUUUCAAUUAGGCCGUAAAGAUAAACUAUGGAUGAAUUUAAAUCAGAUGAGAUCAUAUUUUGGCAAGAAGUCAAUUGAUUUUGUGCCAAGAACAUUUUGUCUACCAACAGAUUUAAAAUUAUUAAAAGAAUUUUGGUCACGUUAUGAAACACCGAAUUCAACAGCAUCGAACAUAGAUGGAUUAUCAACACUAAAUACACGACCUAGGUGGAUUAUGAAACCGCCUGCAUCAGCUCGUGGCAUUGGAAUCAAAUUAAUACGUUCUUGGUCUGAUAUUCCUAAACAACGUCGUGUACUCAUCCAGUCAUAUAUCAAUCAACCGUAUUUAAUUGAUGGAACAAAAUUUGAUAUAAGGCUAUAUGUUUAUGUGGCAGGAUUCAGUCCAUUUCGUGCUUAUGUUUACAGAGAAGGCUUAGUACGAUUUGCUUCACAAAGAUAUUCUACUUCUUUUCAACAUUUGGGGAAUCGUUUCGUGCAUUUAACUAAUUAUUCUAUUAAUAAAUAUAAUAAAAGUGGUGAAAAUUCUGUAUUAAAUCAUAAAUGGAAAUUAAGUAAACUGUGGUCAUAUCUAACAGAACGUGGAGUCGAUGUACCCAGUUUAUGGUCACGUAUAACUGAUAUCAUUUUCAAGACAUUAGCAUCUGUUGUUAGCUGUAUUACUACAAUGGUUGAUCAGAAUUGUCGAAGACGUGCAUCAGUUUAUGAAUUAUUCGGUUUUGAUAUCAUAUUGGAUGCUGAUCUUAAACCAUGGCUAUUAGAAGUCAAUGUAUCACCAAGUCUGCAUACAAAUACACAACUUGAUGAUGAAGUGAAAACCUCCGUAGUAAAGGAUAUGUUUAAUCUAUGCGGAUUUCAACUACCACCAGAUUAUCGUUCAUCUCAGGUAUCAUCGUCAACAACAACUCCAUCGAAAUCAACACCCAACAGUCAUAAUCAAUACAGUAAAAAUACAAAUUCUAAUGCCAAUGCUACCACGGUAUCAUCAUUCAAUGAGAAAAGCCAACUUUCUUCAUGGUGUCACAAUACUACUUCUAAUAAUAAUGAUAACAAUGAUAGAGAUAAUGGACAGUUAUCCAACAAAUGUUUAUUCAAUUCUUCAAAUUCUAAUAAUUCACAGCAUCAUCAUCAUAAUUCAUCUGCUUCCUUAUUAACAACAUUUCAAAGAGGUAAUUAUUCAGCCAAUGGUUUACCUCCACCAAGUCCAUCGAUUAGCAGUAGUAAUAAUGUCCAUGUGAAACGUUCUCUAUCAUCAUUGUCUACAAGAAUGGUAUCAAAUAGAAUGAGUGAGAAAAAUUGUCCAGAUUCAUGUCUACCUGUUACGGAUCCACGAUUAUGGGAUAUUAGUCUGUCAACAGAAGAUAAACGGAAACAUCUAUUCUAUUCAUCAUUAAUGACAGAUAAAGAAAAGAAUAAAACAAGACAACUUUCCGAUAAAUUGAGUAAAUCUAACAAGAAAAAUAUACUGAAUGCAGGAGAUAAUUCAAAGGAUCCCAUUAAUUCACUACGUCAUAUGUUGUCCGAAUUAACUCCAGAUGACUUACGUACCCUGGUUAAUCUAAUCGAUGAACGUUAUCGUGCUGCAUUAGGUAAUUUCCAGUGUAUCUUUCCUGUACACGGAUCAGAGGGACACCGUUUGUUAACAUUUCUACAAACAGCAUAUCAAAAAAAUUUACAUGGUGGUACACUGGGUUCACGUUCACCAUCGGUAUAUUACUAUGAUAUACUUCAAUAUGUAUUUUUAACUGUUUAUCAUAAUCCUGAAAAUGAUGAAAAUCUAUCGUGCGAAUCAUUCACACAUCAGAGUGUAGAUAAAAUUUUACCAGAUCAAACAACAUUUAUGUCAGGAGAAUUAACUGCUGAAAUAAUGCCUUUAGUUUGUGGAAUGACUGGAGUUUCUAAAUCAGGUUUAGAUUAUCUGAUCAAUCUGUGUAAAAAAGGAAUACACUUAAUGACUACAGAAUAUACUCCAAAAUCCAAUCAAGUCUUUUGGACACAAACCAAUACACCCACAUCAUCAAUAAACCAUGACUCUCAUCAUUCAUCCAGGUAUCAGUAUCAUAGAAUCGACACUUCUCCAUCAUCAGCAUUAUUUCGUCAAAGUGAUAGUUCUUCUAAAAGUUCUCAAGAGAGGCAAAACAAUCUUAGGAAUACUAACAGAUCUGAAAAACGCUCCAUUCAAACACAAUCAAUUACAUCAACUAGUUAUGAUAAUGAAAGUCAAAACGAGAUGAUAAAAUCUCAGUCAUGUCAAGAGGUAUAUUCACUUGAUAAACCACCAACUCCACCAGGUAGAAUAUUCACUGUCAGACAACUAUCUUGUCGACAGCCUUAUAGUCGUCCACAACAACAUCAGCAACAGCAGCAGCAGAAGCGUAUUAGAUCAAGCUGUGGAAAUCUUGUUAAACCAACAAAAGAAAAGAAAAUUCAAUGUACCAAUUUAAAAUCAUACCGUACUGAAAGUGAUUUUGAUGUUUAUAAGGUUGGAAAAGUAAAGUAUCCAGUAAAACGGUCAUCAUCAACUUCAGAUAUCAUAUUAUAUAAAAAGUAUUCAACAAAUUCACCAUCUUUUAUUAGCAGUAGUGGUAGUAUGACUAAUUCAAAUGAAAAUAUCUACAAAACUAAUAAUAAUAAUAAAUUGAUAAAAACACCAACUGUACCAAAAACAACAUCAUAUGAUUCUAAUUUGACAAGAAAUACAAAUUCUGCUAGAUAUUCAACAUCAUCCACCCUUUCAUUAUCAUCGUCAAUAGCAGCGACGGCAGCAAUAACUGACCAAUGUAUGCCUCAUAAAGUAAAGUUGAAUCACACGUAUAACCUUUCACCAAAUCAAUACAAUAAUCAGAAUAAUCUUCGAGGAUUAACUAAAUCUUUAUCAGAUCAAUACAAUAGAAGUGAUAAUUUCUCUAAUUCUACUGAUUUCUAUGAUGUUGGAGAUGAUGAUGAUGAUGGGGACGUUGAUUAUGACGUUGACGAUCAAACGUAUACUGUUUAUAAGUUACAAGAAUCGGAAAAGCCAUUUCUAUGUCAAAUAUACAGUCAUACUAGUCACCAACAGAAAAAUAAUCGGCAAUGUCAAUAUGUUAAUUCUUUACCAGUGAAAUUGUAUCCAAAAGAGAGAAGAAUUAUUUUAGAGAGACAUAAUUCAAGAAGCGGAUCAUUUAAACAAAAUUUAGAAAAAAAUAAAGUUUUAUCAACUGUACAGAAUAAAUUUAUGAAUUCAACUUGCCAUCUCUUACAUGAACCAAAAAGUAGUGAUCGUCCAAUUAAAAUUAUAAAGUUAAAAGCAACACAAUCAACCGACUGA